GCGAGAUUUCCUCUCUCCACACCCCCCCACCCACCUUGUACGCGCGCGACGCGGUUUUGUUUUUGUUUUUCCGGUUCUCGUCCGCCGCCCGCGCCGGUUUUCCUGGCCCCCGGAGAGGCCCUGAGGCGGCGGCAGGAGCGGCGGGAAGCGGGAGGCCUCCGGAGCAGCGCGGUGAGGGAGGAGGAGCAGGGAGGGGACGAGGCCCGCCUGCCGCCUCCCUCAGGGCUGGGCAAGGCCCGGGGCUGAGGGGGCGGAAGAGGAGGCCUGGCUUCCCGGGCCCGUCGCGGGUCGGGGCCCCCAAGCGCCUUUGCAGGGGGAGGGAGGGGGUGGCUCGGCCUGCUCCGCAGAAUGGUCGGAGGGGGGUGGGUGGGAGGGGGCACCCCCAGAGGUCAUCUAGCCCAACCCCGUGCCGCGCAAUGUUGUGGUUUUGCUUUUGGGUUGGGGUUUUUUUUAAAAAAAGGUUGUGAACCACCCUGAGAUUGUCGGGCGGAGGGGGGCGUACAAAUUUUACUAGUAGUAGCAGUAAUAAUAAUUAUAAUGGGGUCGUACCUGGAAGAGGAAGGGUCCCUUUCUUGUGGCUCUCGGUGGCUUUCUUGUUUUGUUUAUUCCGCCGUUUUUGUUAUACAGUGGUACCUCGGGUUACAUACACUUCAGGUUACAGACUCCGCUAACCCAGAAAUAGCGCUUCAGGUUAAGAACUUUGCUUCAGGAUGAGAACAGAAAUCGUGCGGUAGCAGCAGGAGGCCCCAUUAGCUAAAGUGGUGCUUCAAGUUAAGAACAGUUUCAGGUUAAGAACGGACCUCCGGAACGAAUUAAGUACUUAACCCGAGGUACCACUGUAGUAGCAGUAAUAAUAAUAAUAGUAAUGGGGUCGUACCUGGAAGAGGAAGGGUCCCUUUCUUGUAGCUCUCGGUGGCUUCCUUGUUUUGUUUAUUCCACCGUUGUUGUUGUUAUAUCAGGGUUAGAAACUGAUAUAGGAGAGCUAGGAGCUAAAUGGCACCUAAUCCGAGGUUAUGGGUGCAACAGCGGCAUGUCUAGGCACUCUUUUUUUGAUAACAAGAAUUCAAAGCUGAAAAUGAAUGAACCCUGCUGUUGUUGUUGUUUAGUUGUUUAGUCGUGUCCGCCUCUUCGUGAUCCCCUGGACCAGAGCACGCCGGGCACUCCUGUCUUCCACUGCCUCCCGCAGUUUGGUCAAACUCAUGCUGGUAGCUUUGAGAACACUGUCCCACCAUCUCGUCCUCUAUUGUCCCCUUCUCCUUGUGCCCUCCAUCUUUCCCAACAUCAGGGUCUUUUCCAGGGAGUCUUCUCUUCUCAUGAGGUGGCCAAAGUCUUGGAGCCUCAGCUUCAGGAUCUGUCCUUCCAGUGAGCACUCAGGGCUGAUUUCCUUCAGAAUGGAGAGGUUUGAUCUUCUUGCAGUCCAUGGGACUCUCAAGAGUCUCCUCCAGCACCAGAAUUCAAAAGCAUCCAUUCUUCGGCAAUCAGCCUUCUUUAUGGUCCAGCUCUCACUUCCAUACAUCACUACCGGGAAAACCAUAGUAGUAGUAUGUAGUAGUAGCAGUAAUAAUAAUAAUAAUGGGUUCGUUCCUGGAAGGGGAAGGGUCCCUUUCUUGUGGCUCUCGGUGGCUUUGUUGUUUUGUUUUGUUGCCUUUAUUCCGCUGUUGUUGUUGUUAUAUCAGUGUUAGAAACUGAGAUAGGAAAGCUAGGAGCUGAAUGGCACCUAAAUGGGUGUAACAACAGAAUGUCUAGGCGCACUUUUUUUUAUAACAAGAAUUCAAAGCAGAAAAUGGAUGAACUGCAGCUAAAAUAUUUUCAUUUUCCACAUGGUGUAGUCCUUCACCCGCACCCAAUAUCCUUAAGAAGAGGGUCUCUUCUCCAGUCUUGUAGCUGGAAGUGGGCAGGCGGAAAAAAAAGUUCUUUCCUUCCACUCUGCAGUUUUAAUCGGAAAUCUUUAGGUUCAGUACUGUACCCAGAGCUCAGAAACUGCAUUAAUGAAAUUAUCUGUUGCAAAAUGCGCCUGGAACAAUGGGAGUUUCCAACACUGAACUGUAUGUCAUAGAAUUAUAGAGUCGGAAGGGACCACAGGGAUCAUCAAGUCCAAACCCAAUGCAAUGGAGGAAUCAUUAGCCCAACACAGGGCUCAAACCCACCACCAUGAGAUGAACAGUCACUGAUUGAGCAGUGUCAGUGUCAUAUAUUUAUUUAUGCCUUUUCCCCUGAGAAGGACUCAAGAAGGUGUGCAGGUUAAAAAAAAAGGAGAAAAACAGAACAGCCAAAGCAUAAGGGGGGAAUCAUUAAAAGAAUUAAGCAUUGAUUUCGAUUUAUAUCCCAUAUUUUCGUGCUUAAGGGGCUCAAAGUGGUGCAUGGUGUGGUGUCUAGAACAUGGGUAGGCAGACUAAGGCCCAGGAGCUGGAUCCGGCCCAGUUGCCUUCUCAAUCCAGCCCACGGACGGUCCGGGAAUCAGCGUGUUUUGACAUGAGUAGAAUGUGUCCUUUUAUUUAACAUGUAUCUCUGGGUUAUUUGUGGGGCACAGGAAUUCAUUCAUCCCCCCCCCCCCCAAAAAAUAUAGUCUGGCCCCCCACAAGGUCUGAGGGACAGAGGACCAGCCCCCUGCUGACCCCUGGUCUAGAAUUAGGACCUGGGAGUGACCCCAGUUCAAGUCCUGCUGCCGCCACCCACGUAUCACUAGGUGUGUGUCUCCCAGCCCAGCCUACCCUACAUAGUUGUGGGGAUUAAAUGAGGACCAGGACUUAGGAGAGACCAGGAUUUAAAUCCACCCCGCUCAGCCACAGGGACGUUCAGUGGGUGUGACCUGGGGAGGGCAGUUGCUACCUCUCCAGCUCAGAGUGGUUGUUGUGAAGAUUGAAGAUUAAAUGAGAGGGAGGGAGAAAAUUGUGCACUGCCUUGAGCUCCUUGGAGAAUAAAAGGUGAGAUAGUAAAGAGAAAGGGACUCCGGACCAUUAGGUCCAGUCGCGGACGACUCUGGGGUUGCGGCGCUCAUCUCGCUUUAUUGGCCGAGGGAGUCAGCGUACAGCUUCCGGGUCAUGUGGCCAGCAUGACUAAGCCGCUUCUGGCGAACCAGAGUAGCGCACGGAAACGCCAUUUACCUUCCCGCUGGUGCGGUACCUAUUUAUCUACUUGCACUUUGACGUGCUUUUGAACUGCUAGGUUGGCAGGAGCAGGGACCGAGCAACGGGAGCUCACCCCGUUGCGGGGAUUCGAACCACCAACCUUCUGAUCGGCAAGUCCUAGGCUCUGUGGUUUAACCCACAGCGCCACCCAGGUCCCAAAUGUGGGAUAUCAACAUAAUAAAUAAAUACAAUAUACGGUUCUCAGGCAACCCCCCCCCACCAUUCCCCAAAGCACACAUUCACCAUAAAGACACCCCAGUUUUGAAGAAGCUGAAGAAUACUGGCUAGCUGUCUGACCCUGUACAUGCUUAUUCUUAAGCAGUGUUCAAAAUAAGCCAGGUGCAUUUUGCACCUGGUUAUCGGCCACUUGUGACCAGGUGAAGAUGUCUGGGCUUCUGGAUGGUGCCUGACAUCUCCACCAUCUGGUGGUACAUGCUUGGGGAUCAUUGGAUCUUUACUCUUUUAACCCACUUAAUACCACAUCCUGUAGAAUUCUAUCAGUUAUCUGUGCAGUCAGAAUGAAUUAUGCAGCCUGAGUAGGAGCAGCGAGCAACAUUAGAGUUAAUUGUUGUAGCUUGUCUUCACUUACCCCACCCCCAUGUCCUGCUCACCGUUGUGAAGAAUAUCCCUAUGUUAUGAAUGGUCCGUGUCACCAUUAAGAAAAAGAGGUAGGAAUAAGCCAGUGUAUAUGUGGACUGUCCCAGACUUUUCUUCUUUAAGUUCUCAGAGUUCUUAAGCUAGCUCAAGGUUGUCAUCUCAACUUGUUGUUGUUUAGUCGUGUCCGACUCUUCGUGACCCCCUGGACCAGAGCACGCCAGGCACUCCUGUCUUCCACUGCCUCCCACAGUUUGUUCAAACUCAUGCUGGUAGCUUUGAGAACACUGUCCCACCAGCUUGUCCUCUGUCAUCCCCUUCUCCUUGUGCCUUCUAUCUUUCCCAAAGUCAGGGUCUUUUCCAGGGAGUCUUCUUAUGAGGUGGCCAAAGUAUUAGAGCCUCAGCUUCAGGAUCUGUCCUUCCAGUGAGCACUCAGGGCUGAUUUCCUUCAGAAUGGAUAGGUUUGAUCUUCUUGCAGUCCAUGGGACUCUCAAGAGUCUCCUCCAGCACCAGAAUUCAAAAGCAUCCAUUCUUCGGCGAUCAGCCUUCUUGAUGGUCCAGCUCUCACUUCCAUACAUCACUACGGGAAAAAUCAUAGCUAAAACCAUAACUAUACGGACCCUUGUUGGCAAGGUGAUGUCAUCUCAACUAGCCAGAUAUUUAACCAAUAAUCGAUCACUGUCUGUCCUUUGAAAAAUAAGACUUUAGAGCCGUCGUGCCCAAAUAUGGGAACUCGGCAUUCCAUUUUGGUGACUGACCUUGGUUUAAGGAGCCAUAUGGCACCUAGCUUAUAUCUGAGUUUCUGACACAGCUGCAGAUGUAAAGGAGAAUUCGAGUUAUGUGGCAUCUGCAUAAUGCUGAUUUUUGUCUUUCCAUUCUCAUCAUGCAAAUGCUCUUUGAGGCAUAUGAUGUGGUCUUGUCCAGAGAUACAUUAUUUUUGGUCCGAAGUUGUUCCUCGCAUCGUUGAUGAAUCCUUAUUAUUUGCAGAUGUUCGUGUUCUGCUAAACUUUAUUCCUGUAGCGUGGGGAUUAACUGGUGGGCAACAAAAAUGGAUUUUGUAAGCCCCUUAUGGUGGCUAAGAGGCUUAUGCUUUUUCUUCAGGGUAGAAAAGUGUUGCCGCAAUGUCUGACAGCGAGGACAGCAACUUCUCUGAAGAUGAGAGCGAGCGCAGCAGUGAGGCGGAAGAGGUGGAGGAGAACGAGGUGAGGUGGAGUAGAACAUGCAGGCCAGCAGGUGUUUUGCACCUGCUUCAAGGACGUGUGUCUUUGGCCUGAGUUGUGGAGAGGAGAGGCAGGCCAUUUAUUUAUUUGGCAGAUUUGCAGCCUUCCUAUCCACCAUUUACGUCACCAAGGCAUCUUGCAGACAUGUAAAGCUGUUCACAGUCUCAGCAGGUAAGGAGAUCCGUGUGGAUCUUCCACCCUGGAACAGAGGAAGAAGCUCUUAUACCCUUCACCUGACAUGUCUUUUCAGGUUUUGGCUUCUCUUGAACUUGGGGCUGGGGCAGAGCACAUUUUCUGUAAGCAAUUUCAUCUUCAUAAUAAUAAUAAUAAAUUUUAUUUAUACCCCACCUUCCCCGGCCAGAGCCGGGCUCAGGGCGGCUAACACCAAUACAAUCACAAUAAAAACAUAAUAGGGGGGAAAGCGGGGGAGGGGGAAAAAACCCCAAUUGAAAAUACAGGUUAAAAUGCAAUUUAAAAUGCAGCCUCAUUUUAAAGUAGCUGAUAAAUCAAGAUCAUAAGGGGAGGGAAACUAGGGUCAGACCGAGUCCAAACCAAAGGCCAGGCGGAAAAGCUCUGUCUUGCAGGCCCUGCAGAAAGAUGUCAAGUCCCACAGGGCCCUAGUCUCUUGUGACAGAGCGUUCCACCAAGUCGGGGCCACUACUGAAAAGGCCCUGGCCCUAGUUGAGAUGAAUCUAACCUCCUUGAGGCUCAGGACCUCCAAAGUGUUGUUAUUUGUGGAUCUUGAGGUCCUCCACGGGGCAUAGCAGGAAAGGCGGUCCUGUAGGUGCGUGGGUCCUAGGCCGCAGAGUCAGCAGGGCAAACUGGGUUGUAUCCGGCACUAGCCUUGCUCAGACCCACUGAAAUGACUAAGUUAAGUCUGUUAAUUUCAAUUGAGUAAAUCAUAGGAUUGUAAAUUUGGAAGGGACCCUAAGGGUCAUCUUGUCCAACCCCCUGGAACGCAGCAAUAUCUAUUCUAGCCUUUCUUUUCAUUCCACAUACCUCUUAGAGAAAAGCUUCUGUCUUUACCGUGAGGAGGCAGGUGUAAGGAACAACAAGAGGGCCAGUGUGGUGUAGCGGCAGACUAGGGAAACUAGGGUCCACAUCCCCACUUGACCACGAAGCUUUCUGUGUGACCUUGGAUCAGUCACUCAGAGGGUUGCUAUGAGGAUAGAGUAGGGAGGAGAAUGAAGUAAGCCGCCUUGAGGUUCUUAAAAAUGUAAUUAAUCGUCGUCCUCAUUCAGAGACUCCCCCAACCAGCUGUGUGCACCCAAGGGAGCUUUGGGCUUCUUUAACGAGAGAAACCAUCCCUAUGUACCAAUCAAAGCAUGCUUUAAACUGAGCCUAGUUCACCAGCGCAUUGGAGGGUGCACAAUCCCACAAGGAGCACAGGGGCGCUUGUGUUUGCCUAGCCUCUGGCUCUCAAGCCAUAUCCAAGGACUGAGCUUGGGCAGAAGUUCUCUAGAGACCCGGAUAUCUCCUCCUAAGUCUAAAAGCAGGUUGGGGCUAGGAAUCGGGGCCUGUGGUUUCCAUUUCCAUGUAACCAAGCUGUUUGGUGCUGUUUCCCCCACCCCUAAGUAAAGCUGCUUUCUGUGGGCUUCAGCGUGAACCACCUGCGAGUCACAGGUUAAAGGUUCUCGUUCAAUAACAUGCAGGCUGAAGAGGAGCGUGUCAGUGUCGUAGGCAGCGAGAAGGAAGAAGUGGAGGAAGAGGAAGAAGAGGAGGAGGAAGAGUAUGACGAAGAGGAGGAAGAGGACGAUGAUGACCGGCCUGCGAAGAAACCCAGACAUGGCGGAUUUAUUUUAGAUGAAGCUGGUAAAAAAACAAAAACGGACUCUUCUCCUCUGUCCCCUGCCCCAACCAUAAGAGACAUGUAAUCUUUGACUCCUGGCUUAUCGUGUGGACCUCGUCCCUUCCCUUUCUCUUCCUUCCAGAUGUGGAUGAUGAGUAUGAAGACGAAGACCAGUGGGAAGAUGGUGCAGAAGAUAUCCUGGAGAAAGGUAAGGAGACCCCUUUUCGUGAAGAUAAUCUUGGAUCUGGAGUAACUGGAUGCCCGAGUGGUAACCAAGUCGGAGCAUGCAAGCUUUGACGUCCCACAGAACCUUUCAGCAGAAUUCCUGCUGCGGAGGAAGCAGGAAAUUCCUCACUGGUGCUGAGUUCUCGAAUGCUUGUGUGUAACCCCAAAGCAACCUAGAGAAGCCUGAGAAAACAUAAUCUGCUUUAUUGAGCGUAAUUAAUUUUCUGGAAUGUUUUCCCCUUUCCUGGUUAUAAGUCAAAUCCCUAAAACUGGAAAUGCAACUGAAUUUCUUUUCUUUUAAAAAAAAAAGGAUUUCCUUUUCUGUUUUAUUUCCUGCCAGAGCUGGAAACUCUUUUUCGUUUAAAAUUCCCAUGUUCAUUUAUUCUAAUACGAGUUUCUCGCCAUUUCUGGAAAGCACUUAAACCGAUCAGACUUUUCUCCAAGAGUUGCGGAUGACCGCGGGUUGUCACAUUUGCGAAAGUGCUGUCGGUUGUGGAGGUGCGAAACGAGAGCGGCCAGCGGAGGGAGAGCUGCUUCUUAGGAUCGGCGGCAGCCCCUGCCUCCCGGCCGUUGUCCCUCCCCCCCCCCCCCGAGGCUGCCCCUGCCUGUGGGUAGUGCUCCCUCUGCCUCCCCGCCCCCCCCCCCCGGCCUGGUGGCUUCUCUCUUUUUGAGUUCUCGUGCAUUUCAUUCGCUUCUGCUUGGUUUGUGUGCCGCAUCUUAAUUUUGUUCCUUCCGCUUUUCUGUUCCCCAUUCACCCUCACCCUGUGGUUGGUUUUGAUGGUAUUAUUUGGCUCAUACUGUCCGCCCUCCCACCACCACCACCACCACCUCUUCUUGAGCAGAGGAAUUUGAAGGUAAGAACGGUUUUUGUUUUUAUCCUCUUCAUUCCAGCUCCUUUCCUCUUCACCAGCUGCCUUUGCUUCUCUGCUUCCUUUCAGCCAGGUGGGGUUCUGUGCGUGAGAGGGGGCGGGAGAGCAUGCUCAGCAAAUGCCUAGUUGAUGUGGCCACGCAGGGAACGGGCUUGUGCAGCCCCUGCCACUUGAUCCCUUGUAGCUAAGUUCUCUGGUAGCGCAGUGGUCUUCUGAGCAGGAAUGCUGUUCCAGUGAUCCCAACUACCGUAUUUUUCACUCUAUAAGACACACUUUUCCCCUCCUAAAAAGUAAGGGAAAAUGUGUCUGCGUCUUAUGGAGCAAAUGCAGGCUGCGCGGCUAUCCCAGAAGCUAGAACAGGGAGAGGGAGAGCUGCGCAGCGCUCCCUCUCGCUGUUCUGGCUUCGCCAUGCGAAGCCUCCGCAGGGCAGCAGGGAGCCUUCAUCCCGCUGCCCUGCGGAGGCUUUGCGGGCUACCCCAGAAGCCAGAACAGUAAGAGGCUAUCCCAGAAGCCAGAUCCCUCUUGCUGUUCUGGCUUCUGGGAUUCAGAAUAAUUUUUUUCUUGUUUUCCUCCUCCAAAAACUAGGUGCGUCUUAUCGGCUGGUGCGUCCUAUAGAGCAAAAAAUACGGUAAUUCAAGCACUGUCCCUUUCCUUCCGGGACCUGCCCAGGAGAACAGCCUGCAGGUGUCCGUAGAUUUCUGUUGCAAUUUAUUAGUCACUUGAGACAUAGAAUCAUAGAAUGGUGGAGAGUUGGAAGGGACCCUGAGGGUCAUCCAAUCCAACCCCCUGCGAUGCAGGAAUCUCAACUCAAGCCUCCCUGAAAGAUGGGCAUACAUCUGUCUAUAAAGUGUACAAAAUCUAAAAAUCAGGAAAAGAACAAUUAUUUAUUAUUGUCUAUUAAAUUUCUAUACCACUCAUAAUAAUAAUAAUAAUAUUUCUUUAUACCCUGCCCUCCCCAGCCAAGCCCGGGCUCAAGGUGGCUAACAACCAAUUAUACGAAAGUUGAUUGAAAUACAACUUAAAAACAAGGUUAAAUACAACAUUAAAACAUUAAAAUGCAGCCUCAUCACAGGAGGAGAAAGGAAAAAAGAAACAGGGGGAGGGAAUCAAAUUGACUCCAAGCCAAAGGCCAGGCGGAACAACUCUGUCUUACAGGCCCUGUGGAAAGAAAUCAGAUCCCGCAGGGCACUGGUCUCAUGAGACAGAGCGUUCCACCAGGCCGGAGCCAGUGUUGAAAAGACCCUGGCUCUGGUUGAGGCUAAUCUGACUUCCUUAGGGCCCGGGACCUCGAGGAUGUUGCUAUUUAUGGACCUUGAGGCUCUCCGUGGGGCACCCCGGGAGAGGCGGUCCCGUAGAUACGAGGAUGAUGAGGAUCUUCAUCUGAGGAGCACAGGGUGGUUUGCAAUAUAGAACACAAAAGUACAUACCAUAAUAGCAAAUAGAAACAAUAACAUGCUACUGCCACCGCCCCCCAAGUUUAAAGGUCCACUCAGAGGCCUGGGAGAAGAGUGGGCAUCUGCCAGGGCUUAUUUGGCUGUGAUUCAUGGGUUGACCCUUGGAGGCCCUUACAAUUCUACGAUUCUAUGAGCCAUUCUUCCAAGUGCCCAUCAGAAGCGUAUAGCACACAUUUCCCGUCUGUAUCCAAAAGAAUGUGUCUUCCUUUUCAGAAGACUGCUGCAUAGAACAGGAAGGGGAAAACUUUGACCCUGCAGUGGACUACAGUUGCCUUCAUCCCUGGCCCGCUGACCAUACUAGAGGACCACAGGUUCCUCAUUUUUGGCCUAGGACUCCUCACCCAGAAACAGGGUGGAACAGGCCAUGGCUGCCAGUAGCUGCCCAUGCAUAGCAGGGGCCGUCCUGCGAUAUCUCAGCCUUAACGGCAGGUCCUUGACUCCCUUAGCAGCGUUUGCAAGUCUCUCUCUCUUUUUCCUCCUUUCUCCUUUCCUCCUUUUAUUGGGUCUUUCUUGGCAAGCACAGUGGAGUUGUCAGAGAGCGUUGCAGGGUAUCUCAGCUUGCAAACAGACCAGGCCCUGAAGCUGUUUGCAGUUCUGAAAAGUCUGUAGCUCUCGCCCAUACACUUUGCCCAACAAAAAACCUCUUCUCUGCCUCUGCUGUUCAGCGUUGCAAACGUCUGUUUCUUCUUCUAGCGUCCAAUAUUGACAAUGUGGUUCUGGACGAGGAUCGCUCUGGAGCACGGAGGCUGCAAAACUUGUGGAGGUAAAUGGCACUGCAUGCAGAGCAAAGCACAGAGCAGGAGCAGCACAGGAUUCUGGCAGGACUUUGUGUGUUUAUUUUGAAAGCAGAAUUGCCUGGUUUGGCUCUGCUGAAAUAAGUGUACAGUUGUAUCUUAUAUGGGGGUUCAGUUACAAGGGUUCCACAUACACACAAAAAUCGUAUACAGUGGUAUCCUGGGUUACAGAUGCUUCAGGUUACAGACUCCGCUAACCCAGAAGUAGUACCUCUGGUUAAGCACUUUGCUUCAGGAUGAGAACAGAAAUCGUGCUCUGGCAGCGCGGCGGCAGCAGGAGGCCCCAUUAGCUAAAGUGGCGCUUCAGGUUAAGAACAGUUUCAGGUUAAGAACGGACCUCUGGAAUGAAUUAAGUACCUAACCCGAGGUACCACUGUAUAUUCAAACUCUCAGAACUGUCCUGCAGCUAAUGGAUGAUGGUUUAAAAGCUCUCUGCCUUGCUUGCCUUUAACAUGUGCAAUUUCAACCAGCCUGCCUUCAAUCAUGUAUGGUUAAAAACAUGCAAGUUAAAUUCACAUAAGAUGCGAUUGUAUUGUACAUUCGUACCUUGGUUGUCGAACAGCUUAGCUCUUAUACAUUUCAGCUCCCAAACGUCUCAAACCCGGAAGUUCCUGCUCCAGUUUGCAAACUAUUUUUGGAAGCUGAACGUCCGACAGGGCUUCCGCAGCUUCCAGUUGGCUGCAGGAGCUUCCUGCAAGUUUGGGGAUCUUUUGGAGCAGGAGCAAGGGAGUUUAUGUGUUGGAUUUGAGCUCCCCUUGACCCCAGGCAACACAGCUAUUGACCAGGGGUGAGGGGAGUUGGUAGGCUGGAGGGCCACAGAUUCCCCCUAAACCCUGUUUCCAGAUGUUCAGAGCUGGUCACUCAUUGAUUUCUUUUUCUGGUAAAGCCCUGCAAGAACCACCCUUCACCCUAUGGUCCCAGGGCACAUUACAAGAAUUAAAACGCAGUAUUAAAACCAUUUACAACCACACCAAUAAGGUGGCUCCUAAAAUAUACACCUCAGGGGUCUAGUGAUUUGGCUGUUGCAGGUGACUGGGGUGGCGGUUGAGCUUUGGGCUUCCUGCCUUUGCCCUUCUGCUGCACCAGAACAUGUGCAAAGUGCUUUGGCCUGGCUAAUACGUCCCCUCUCACUUCAUUCUUCUUGUUUCUCUCUCCCCCCCCCCAACAGGGACCAAAGAGAGGAGGAGCUGGGCGAGUAUUACAUGAAGAAGUAUGCCCAGUCUUCGGUGCGCGAGACGUGAGUAUGCCGCUUUUAUCCUGCCAGCGGUUCCCCGUUUCGAAACACUCCUGCUGGCCAGUUUCUUGGCCUUGUCCCUCCACCCUCGGACCUCUCAGACCUCCUCUCUCUCUGUUUCUCCAGGGUGUACGGCGGCUCUGAUGAGCUUUCUGACGACAUCACGCAGCAACAGCUACUUCCUGGUGUCAAGUAAGGACUUUCUGUUGUGAGCAUUCUGUUCCCGCAGAAGCAGAAGACUUCGGUCUUGUGAGACUUAGCGGGAUAGAGGCUGGGGGGGAAAUGACUCUGGACGUGAGAGCAGGACUGAGACGGCCCAGUUGAGAGGCUGCAGCCCUGAUGUUAAGUAGCGGGCGAUGCUUACUUUGGCCAUGGCGAGCUGACCUUGCUGUGUUUGUUCUCCCCUCCCCAUCCAGGGAUCCCAACCUCUGGACUGUGAAAUGCAAGGUAAGCCCCGCAGGCGCAGAGAGGUUGCUUUCGCAUUGCGUCUGCUACCUGACAUCCUUUUUCAUUCCAACCCUUCUCUCUCCCACUUCCAGAUUGGAGAGGAGCGGGCCACAGCCAUUGCGCUCAUGAGGAAGUUCAUUGCCUACCAGUUCACAGACACAGUAAGUGGGCUGGGAAGAGGGGAACAGAAGAAGACCUUGACGCUUCACUUUUUCUACAGCGCUGCUCUUGCCAUGGGGUUGUCCCUCUUGUUGCUCCUUGCUGCAAACGUUGGCUUGAUGUGCCAACUAGCCGCCAUAGAUGGCUGCCACCAGGCCUUACCCUUCCCAGAAUCCUCUGCCAGAUGCAAAGGGCCGGGGAAUGAGUUGGGGGUCUUGCCAAUAAUAAUAAUAAUAAUAAUAAUAAUAAUAAUAAUUUUAUUUAUACCCCACCGGGCUCAGGGCAGCUAACAAUCAAUAAUAAAAACAAGUUGAUUAAAAUACAACUUAAAAAACAAGAUUCAAAUACAACAUUAAAAUGCAGCCUCUUCACAGGAGGAGAAAGGAAAAAAGAAAGAGGGGGAGGGAAUCAAAUUGAUUCUAAGCCACAGGCCAGAUGGAACAACUCUGUCUUACAAGCCCUGCGGAAAGAAAUCAGAUCCCGCAGGGCCCUGGUCUCAUGAGACAGAGUGUUCCACCAGGUUGGGGCCAUCACUGAGAAGGCCCUGGCUCUGGUUGAGGCUAAUCUGACUUCCUUAGGGCCCAGGACCUCUAGGGUGUUGCUAUUUAUGGAUCUUAAGGUCCUCCGUGGGGCAUACCGGGAGAGGCGGUCCCAUAGCUACGAGGGUCCUAGGCCAUGAAGGGCUUUAAAGGUCAAAACCAGCACCUUAAAUCUGACCCUAUGUUCCACCGGGAGCCAACUUUACAGUGAAGUAUGAGAAAAUAAGGAUUUCUUCCCUGCCUCUCCUCAUGAACCUUUAACACAAUGGAUUGGAGGAGGCAGUGGGCAAGAUCCAAGGUUGGUGAGACUCGGAGCAUACCCAUUGAAAUUAGUGGACAGGCCCUUGAAUUUCACUGGGUCUGCUCUUGAGAAUUACUUAAUUGGCUACAUCUCACCUUGUGGAGGAUAAGGCGUUUGGAGGCAGCAACGCAUCUGAUUACCAGUUGCUGGGAAGCACAGGAGUGGUCUUGGGCUCGGAUCCUGCCCGUGGACUUCCCAUUGGAGCAUCUGGUUGGCCGCUGUGAAAACAGGAUGCUGGACUAGAUGGGCCCUUGGCCUCAUCCUGUAAGGCUCUUCUUACGUUUCCUCAUUUGCGCCAAGGAUCUGGAUGAAGAAAAAAGCUGCAGAAGUCCUUCCUCGUCGCUUGAAAUACUCCCUUAACUUCCUCCAAGCAGGGAAGGGAGGGAGGACCUGUGUAUUGCUGGCCAGCCUGAUUGCCCAGGGCCAAGUCCAAUUUGCCCCAGUGUGCCGGUGACUGUCUUUAUAGUUGCCUGGUACAGCAAAGUUCCGGCCUGGCGUGGCCUUUUCCUGCAAAGUGUGGCUGGCCUGGAGCAAUAUAAACAAGAGAUGCGAGAGAGCGACAUUGAGAGCUUGGAGACUCUGCACAAGCGAUGUCCCAGCCUCUCUUAUGCGUAACCCACCCCCAUUCUUCCUCCGCAGCCCUUGCAGAUCAAAUCGGUGGUCGCCCCUGAGCACGUGAAAGGGUACAUCUACGUGGAGGCCUACAAACAGACGCACGUCAAGCAGGCCAUCGAAGGGGUGGGCAACCUCCGGAUGGGCUACUGGAACCAGCAGAUGGUGCCCAUCAAGGAGAUGACGGACGUGCUUAAGGUGGUGAAGGAGGUGACCAACCUGAAGCCCAAGUCGUGGGUGCGCCUCAAGAGGGGCAUCUACAAGGACGACAUUGCUCAGGUGAGACGAGACCUUGGCUGAGGGUCCGGAUUGAGGAAUUAACAACAGGCAUGAUGGGUAUUUUCUUUGUGCAGUGGUACCUCGGGAGUCGGACAGAAUCCAUUCCGGAAGUCCGUUCGACUUUUGAAACAUUCAGAAACCAAGGCGCGGCUUCCGAUAGGCUGCAGGAAGCUUCUGCAGCCAAUCGGGAGCUGCGGAAGUCGUGUCAGACGUUCGGGUUCCCAUGAACGUUUGCAAACUGGAACACUCACUUCCAGGUUUGCGGCAUUCAAGAGCCAAAACGUUUAAUUUGCAAGGUGUUUGGGAUCCAGGGUGCGACUGUAUUUUAAGGUGCCGAAUGGAGUGAAGGCUUAUGGGUUAUGGUGUUUUGGGAGUGUGUAUGAACUCAGCAGGGCUUAGCUUAUUUUUCUAGUUGAUGUAUGUGUGAUGCUUUGCCAAGUUACACAGGCAAAAGAAUAGACCAGUCAUAACAUCACAGAAUGGUUGGGUUGGAAUAGGACCCUCAAGAGUCAUCUAGUCCACCUCCUGCAACGCAGAAUCACAGCCUGCCCUGAAAGCUUUUUUUUUUAUUUAAGCCCAUAAAGUUGUCUUUUGCUUUAUUAACUUUCUUUUAAAAAAAAUAUUUUUAUUAACCAAUUUCCACAUAACAAUUUAUCAAUCCUCUUAAUCAAUUACAUUAUUUCCCCCCUUCACCCCCCUCAACCCUCCCUCUCCCCCCCAACCAAGGACUUCCCUCAGCUCCCCUCCCUGAUUUCUUUACAUAUAUUGUUUUCUGCAUGUUAUAAAAUUGUACAUAUCCUUACUUUGUCCAUCAUGUGUUCAGCUAAUAAAUUUGUGAAUGUUUAUUCAAAACCUGCCAAAGUCCCAAUUCAUUUUGUUGUCUUUUUAGAUAGCUUGUAAAAAGUUCCCAUUCUUCCUUGAAGUCACAGUUGUCCUUUUCACACAGUUUAUAUGUCAACUUGGCCAGUUCCACAUAAGCUCAUCAAUUUUUCUUGUCGCUGUUCUUUUGUUGGGAUUUGCUGCUGUUGUAGCGUACAUAAAUAAGUUCUUUCCUUUUCUUGGCAGGUCUUGUCCUACAAUCCCUAACAAAACUUGAAAGCUUUUGACCUGCUUCCAAAAAAGCAGCAGCUGACAUUUCCACUUCUCAGAUGCCUUGUGUAGGAUCACAGAAUUGUAGAGUUGGAAGGGACCCAGGGAUAAUAUCUGGUCUAGACCCCUAUAAUGCAGGAAUCACAACUGAAGUAUCCCUGACAGAUGGCCAUCCCACCUCUCUUUAAAAACAUCCAAUGAAGAAGAGCCCACCAGCUUCUAAGGGAGUCUGUUCUACUAUUGAACAGCUCUUAACAUCAGGAAGUUCUUACUGAUGUUUAGUUGGAAUCUCCUCAUUGCUGUUCAUCUCAACUUGAAAGGUGGCAACAGCCUGAGAGGUCGUAGGCUGGCGUUUGCCAGCCAUUUUGCUCUCUAUGUUAGCAACUGUUCAGUCGCAGGCAUGUCCAAAGUCCGUUUCGGGGGUCUAAUCCGGCCCACCGGUCUGUUUAAUCCAGCCCCUGUGGCAGUUUAUUUCCCUAGGGUAAAAUCCUUUUAAAAAACUCAACAACUCCAUCCAAGCCCCCAAAAAGCUCAACAACUUCAAUCCGAUAAAAAGCUCAACAACUUUGGCUGGCCCCCACGGCCCUUCACUUCAUCAAAUCUGGCCCUCUUUGAAAAAACGUUUGGACACCAGUGCAUGCUACGUGGAGAAUCCUAUGGUCUGGAUUGCACAAGUUGGAGGCUAGAGACCCCUGCCUUUGAGCAAGGAGUUUGUGCUUGAUCUGUGUUGCUUGCAAUCUCAACACCGACCAAUGUCUCUUCCCUCCCUUUCCCCUUAGGUGGAUUACGUGGAGCCCAGCCAGAAUCAGAUUUCCCUGAAGAUGAUUCCCCGCAUCGAUUUUGACCGCAUCAAAGCCCGCAUGAGCCUGGUAUGUUGGCUCGGCUCGUUGCGGGAGCCUCCCUUCACCAGUGCACCUUUUGGGUGCUUCUGCUGGGCCUUUUGCUUUUUGCCUCUGGUUAUUCCAGGUUUGGUGGGCUGAGAAAGGGAAGAGGUGCUUCAUUUUAACCCUUUGGUGUGUCAAAACAGAAGCAGCCGCCCUUGGGAGCAGGGUCUGCAGAGACUGGAGUUCCGUUGGCUCCAGUGUAAUUCAGAGAUGCGUUUCCCUAAAACAAGAGCAAAAUGACCUUUUCUCCCCUGUAAACUGCCUUCUCCCUUGGCCAGUUGGAUGAGUUGGGAUGUUCUGGUCAUUAGUGGGCGUGGCCAGAAGUGGGUGUGGCCAGAAGUGGGUGUGGCCAGAAGUGGGUGUGGCCAGUUCUCUCCUUUAGGGUCAUCUCCUGUAUUUAUUUAUUUUUAUUUCUGCCUCUGCCUCCAUAAUUUUGGGAUCUUGCCCAGGGGCCAGAGGCAGGUGAGGUCCCUAGCUGGGGAUUAGCCACUUGCACCUUUAAAUUCUCUCUAAACCCACCACACUUCCUGGCUUGCUUCUCCCAUCGCAAACCCUGCCUCUGCCUCUCCCAUUUCAGAAAGACUGGUUUGCCAAACGGAAGAAGUUCAAGCGCCCGCCGCAGCGUCUCUUUGAUGCCGAAAAGAUCCGGUGAGAGUCCAGAGCGGCGGGGGUGUGUGUGUCCAUAUUUGGAGAGGAGGCGGGUGCUGAAGGGCCUGAGAGGGGGAACCCAGGGCAGAAAGACUGUUGGCUGAGUGAUGACAGCUGCAGAUUCUGUCUUCCUGGGGAACCAACGCAGGCCCAGUUUGUCCAUCUCCAGCUGCUCUCUUGCUGCUGGUCACGCUAACUGCUAAGCCUCUCCAUCCCUUCCUUUCCAGGUCUUUGGGCGGCGACGUGGCCUCCGAUGGGGAUUUCCUCAUCUUUGAGGGGAACCGCUACAGCAGGAAGGGUUUCCUCUUCAAGAGCUUUGCUAUGUCUGCCGUGGUAAGGACUGGGGGGGCCCUGAGCAAUAGAGUGGGUGGAAGAGGACUCCUGCGGUAUAGACCCUUGUUGUAUAAGAGUAAAUGGCAGGUGGCUGACAUCCUGCACUGGAGGCUGACUUGAACCUAGUGAGAAGGCAUUGGUCCAGUCAGACCAGGGCUGUGUUCUCUAACGGGCACCCGCCGGGGCCUGCUUUGCAUCUGCCGGUGCUGAUGUGUCCUGGGUAGUUCCUCCUGAUGGAAUCAAUGUCCCUGGGGCGUGAGAUCCGCAAAUCAGCCCUGGCAGAAGCAGGGAGUGGAGAGGCCUUUGAAAAAGUUCAGUAUUGGUGUAGAUGGUGCUGCCUCUGUCCUUCCCACCCUCUCAGCCUGCUCUGUGCCCUUUCGCUUUCUCUCCCCCUCCAAACCACCCGUGCUGUUUCCUGGGCAUCGUCAGAUCACAGAAGGAGUGAAGCCCACUCUGUCCGAGCUGGAGAAAUUUGAAGACCAACCGGAAGGCAUUGACUUGGAGGUGGUGACGGAAAGCACAGGUAAUAAUGAGAAUAACAAUAAAAUUUUAUUUAUAUCCCGCCCUCCCCAGCCGAAGCCGGGCUCAGAGCGGCUAACAACAAUAAAAGUAACACAACAUUCUAAAAUCAAUUCCUUUUAAAAUUAAUUCAAAAUCAAAUUCAUGGCAACCAUUGGGCUAGAGUUCUGUGAGGAUUACCAAAGGAGGGGGGUCAGACUGCCUUGGCCAAAGGCCUGGAGGAACAGCUCCGUCUUGCAGGCCCUGCGGAAAGAUGUCAAGUCCCUCAGGGCCCUAGUCUCUUGUGACAGAGCGUUCCACCAGAUCGGGGCCACAGCCGAAAAAGCCCUGGCUCUGGUUGAGGCCAGCCUAACCUCUCUGUGGCCCAGGACCUCCAAUAUGUUUUUGUUUGAAGACCGUAAGGUCCUCCGUGUGGCAUUCCAGGAGAGGCCGUCCCGUAGGUACGAGGGUCCUAGGCCGUAUAGGGCUUUAAAGGUUAAAACCAGCACCUUGAACCUGACCCUGUACUCCACCGGGAGCCAGUGCAACUGGUAUAGCACUGGGUGAAUGUGAUCCCGCGGCGAGGACCCUGUAAGGAGUCUCACUGUGGCAUUCUGCACCCGCUGGAGUUCCUGGGUCAGUCUCAAGGGCAGCCCCCUGUAGAGUGAGGCUGCUGGCCUUGGCCGCCUCUGGUUCCCGCCUCCUCCGUGACUCCCCAGGCGCUCGCUCCUAGCUCACGCUAGGACCCACAGCCUCCAAUUGUCCCGGGUCCAUUGCGCCUUCCAGGUAGGCCAAGGCCAUUGGAACUCGCCGCACGCUGUCCUGUCUCAGGAAGGGGGCUGUGGCAAGUUGCCCAGGUUGCGCCGCCUCACUUGCCUCCUUCCGUCUUUCAGGGAAGGAGCGGGAACACAACUUCCAGCCCGGCGACAACGUGGAGGUGUGUGAGGGGGAGUUGAUCAACCUGCAAGGCAAGAUCCUGAGCGUGGAUGGGAACAAGAUCACCAUCAUGCCAAAGCACGAAGACCUCAAGGUACAGUGGCUCCCUGUCUUCUCCCUUUCUCUCUCUGGCGUCAUGGCAUCCCGAGUGCGUUAUAAUGUCAGCCAGUAGUUCCCAAGUGGGCAGUGGGAUUACCUAGGGGGCCCCGGGGAGUGUAAAUGGCUUUGGAAAGCUUAGAUCACUGGAUCGAGUUCAUCUGUUUCAUUGAAUUAAUUCAACCUAAAUAGUCUUAAUUGGAUUUCAAAUGGAUGCGCAAUCAAUGGUCACUGUUCUGAAUUGUAUUGUGUUAUUAUUUUCCUUAUGUGGGUUGUGCCAACCUCUGUUCUGCAUAAUGCUUUCUGUAGGGCAGGAGGGACUGGGGAUUAAUUUAUGGAGCCAUGGGGAUAAUCAUCAUAAAUUUUAUUUAUACCUCACCCUCCCCAGCCAGAGCCGAGCUCAGGGUGACCAACACCAGUAAAAUUACAGUAAAAUCAUAAUAGGGGGGAAAAAAACAAUUUAAAAUGCAGUUUAAAAUGCAGCCUCAUUUUAAAAGUAGCCCAUAGAUGAAAACCAUAAGGGGAGGGAAAACAUAAGGGUCAGACUGAGUCCAAACCAAAGGCCUGGUGGAACAGCUCCGUCUUGCAGGCUCUGUGGAAAGAUGUCAAGUCCCACAGGGCCCUGGUCUCUUGUGACAGAGCGUUCCACCAAGUCGGGGCCAGCACUGAAAAGGCCUUGACCCUAGUUGCGACCAAUCUAACUACAUUGCGACCUGGGACCUCCAAAAUGUUGUCAUUUGUGGACCUUAAGGUCCUCCGCAGGGCAUACCAGGAGAGGUGGUCCCAUAGGUACGUGGGUCCAAUGGCCCCCAAAGUCAGGGAACAGCCAAUGUGGGCUGUUUGCCAAGUGAUAUCUAUAACCGCAAGCUGAAAUGUGACAUGGGAGCGAGCCCCCUUUGCUGUGGGGGUGGGGGAGUGCCUGCUUGCGGCAAGGAUGAGCACAGACACCUUGAGUCCUGCUGGAUCAGGCCUAAGACCCAUUUAGUCCAGCAUCCUAGAUGAGAUGCCUGCAUUAAUAAUAAUAAUAAUAAUAAUAAUAAUAAUGAAUUUUUAUUUAUACCGCCCCUUCCCGGUUCAAAAACCGGGCUCAGGGUGGCUAACAACAAAUUUAAAACACUUUAAAACACUUAAUUAUAAAAGCAGCAUAAAAUACAGUGUGAAAACAUGAAUAACAAUAAAAUUCAAAAAUCAAUUAGAUAAUCCCCAGUGCUAGCUGGCUGAAUUGGUCUUACCUGGGCCAGCGAGGAAGCCAGGGGAGAAUGAGCUGUGGGGUCUCAGAGCGGGUAAUCUUCAUAAAAGGGGAGGGGGAGGGAAGGAAGGGGAAUAAAAGAUAGGCUGAAUUCAAAUUAAAAGCCAGGCGGAAUAGCUCUGUUUUACAGGCCUGACGGAAGGAGGUUAAAUCCUGAAGGGCUCUAGUCUCAUGGGACGGAGCCAUCACUGAGAAGGCCCUGGCCCUGGUGGAGGAUAGUCUGACUUCCUUAGGGCCCCGGACCUCUAAACUACGGUUAUUCAUGGACCUUAAGGUCUUCUGCGGGGCAGACCAGGAGACACACACUGUUUUUUUUACUGGCUGGCUUUGUUUAUCGUGACGGAAUAUAAGAAGAGCCUGCUAGAUCUGCCCAGUGGCCCACCUAGUCCAGCAUCCUGGUCUCGCUGUGGUCAGCGAGAUGCCCAUUAUGGAAAAACCACAAGCAGGAUUCAAGCACAAGAGCCCUUGCCCUUCCUGCAAUUAUUUGUUCUCUCCCUCCUCCUCCCCCACUAGGACAUGCUAGAAUUCCCGGCCCAGGAGUUGCGCAAAUACUUCAAAAUGGGGGACCACGUGAAGGUGAUUGCCGGCCGCUUUGAGGGCGACACGGGACUGAUAGUCCGUGUGGAGGAGAACUUCGUCAUCCUUUUCUCCGACCUCACAAUGCACGAGGUGAGUGGGGGUGGCAGGCAGAGAAAAACAGCCUCUGUCUCGGCCUUGGUGGUGGUGGGGUGUCUUGAGAGGCUCGUUGGUUUUUGGCGAUGUGUAUCUUACCACUCACACAUCCCCAGCCUCCUGCCUUUGAACCAAGCUCGUAAUUAUCUCUCCUUUCUGCAUCUGUGCUUUGUUAUGCAAGUCAAAAUGUCAAAAGUGCCUUUUUGGGAUUACUCCCUUCCCUCCUGCAGCUCAAAGUCCUCCCCCGAGACCUCCAGCUCUGCUCGGAGACAGCCUCUGGCGUGGAUGUUGGCGGCCAGCACGAGUGGGGGGAGCUGGUGCAGCUGGACCCCCAGACAGUGGGGGUCAUUGUCCGCCUGGAGCGGGAGACCUUCCAGGUAGGUGGGUGCUGCCUUUGCGGGUUGGUUGGGUUAUGGGAGUUGCUGCCUUCCAUUCCUUACAUCAGAGAUUGCACCUCGCGUGGUUUUAUUUUACUUUGUUUUCUUUAAUGGAUCAAAUCCAGAACUGACGAAUGUUUUUAAAAAAUUUUAAAAUUAUAAAGCAAGAAUGUUCACUUGGGAUCUCUUAAUGGUUAAGGCACAAUAAGUCAUUUUCAGCUGGUGGCGCUGUGGUCUAAACCACUGAGCCCCUUCGGCUUGCCGAUCAGAAGGUCAGCAGUUUGAAUCCACAUGACGGGGUGAGCUCCCGUUGCUCUGUCCCAGCUUCUGCCAGUCUACCAGUUGGAAAGCAUACCAGUGCAAGUAGAUAAAUAGGUACCGCUGCGGCGGGAAGGUAAACGGCAUUUCUGUGCUCUCUGGUUUCUGUCACAGUGUCCCAAUGUGCCAGAAGCGGUUUAGUCCUGCUGGCCACAUGACCUGCAAAGCUGUCUGUGGACAAACGCCAGCUCCCUCGGCCUGAUAGUGAGAUGAGCGCCACACCCCAUAGUCGCCUUUGACUGGACUUAACCAUCCCAGGGGUCCUUUACCUUUUACCUUCAGCUGAUCUUGUGUAUGCACACGUGUGCAAGGACAUAGCAUAUGCCUCGCUCAUCACACAGCAUUCAUCAAAGAAUCCCAGGGAGCAGAGGGUGUGUUUUCCCACCUUCCACAUCUCCCAACCCUGCAACUCUGAUCCUUUUCUCUGCCCCCCCCCCAGGUCCUCAACAUGUAUGGCAAAGUGGUGACAGUCAGGCACCAGGCUGUGAACCGGAAGAAGGACAACCGCUUUGCCGUGGCGCUGGACUCUGAGCAGAACAACAUCCACGUCAAAGACAUCGUGAAAGUCAUCGACGGGCCCCACUCGGUGAGCAGCAGGGCAGGCUGGGCCCCGCGGGUGCUGAGCUGCACAGCUGGCGUGCGCAGGGCAUCCUGCCCAUUGCAUCUGACAGCUCUGCCUGCCUGUUGUGCGGAGGCCGUGGCCACCAACACAACCCAGACUGCGCUCGCUGCCAUUGAACUAACGCGCCCCUUGCUGCCUCCCUCUCCUUCCAGGGUCGCGAGGGCGAGAUCCGCCACCUCUUCAGGAGCUUCGCUUUCCUGCAUUGCAAGAAGCUGGUGGAAAACGGGGGCAUGUUUGUGUGCAAGACGCGCCAUUUGGUUCUGGCCGGGGGCUCAAAGGUAAGAAGGGAAAGUAGUUCACCUUUCAGGAGGGGCAUGUUAAUUUUGGUUGCAACCCCUCUGACCAACCAGCAGUUGCUGGCAAUAGAUUUGGGGCAGGGGGUAGGAUUCAAGUACAUUGUUGCUUGCAUGGAACUGUUGGGUGGGGGGUUCUAUUGUGUGAGCAGACCUUGUUCUCCUUGCACAAACCCACCUGGCGCUUUGUUUUUUAUUUCUUUGGAACCUUACUGUUGUUGUUGAUAAUAUGUACACCUCCAUGUGAACACAUCUCAGCUUCCUCAUUUUUAGUAAGGACAUCAGUGGUUCAACAUUGCUACUAGCUGCCCUCUGACUAAUACCGUAUGACGCAUCGCCCUAUAGGACGCAUCGCCCUAUAGGACACACCUAGUUUUUUUGGGGGGGGGAAUAAAGAAAAAAAUAUUAUUUUCCCCCCCCAGGCAUGGGGCUGGCGCGGGGGAAGCCUGAGCUUCCCCCGACCCCAGCCCCCAGAACAGCCUGCUAUCCACAAGCCUAGGGAGCCGCGCCGGUCUCCCCAGGCUUGCGGAGAGCUGCGCGGAGCCCGGGAGCGCAGGCAGCUCUGCGCAACCCUCCCGAGCGUGGCGCGGCUUCGCGCCGGGCUCCGGAGGGUUGCGCAGAGCUUCCUGAAGCCUGGAGAGCAAGAGGGGUCGGGGCGCCCCGCCCCCGCUCGCUCUCCAGGCUUCAGCGAAAGCCUCUAUUCGCCCCAUAGGACGCACACACAUUUUCCCUUCAUUUUUGGAGGGGAAAAAGUGCGUCCUAUAGGACGAAAAAUACGGUACAUGUGAUAACCUUGCGAUGUAAAGAAGUUGGUUGGAGGGGUAACCCUAAGGCCCAGUAAAGUUUGCACGAAGCAAAUUGUUUUCUCUCCUCGUCAUCCACAAUGGUCUGUCACGGCUGUCGGAUUGAGUAGUCCUUCAGGUUUCACAAGGUCCUAAGCAGAGCCUUUUUAGUCCAGCAACCUGCCUCCCAUAGUGGCCAAACAGAAAUUGUGAUUUUAGGUUUGAACUGUCCUGAGAUCUAAGGUUAUAGUGUGGUCUAAAAAUUUAACAAAUAAUAAAUAAUAAGAUCCUGCUGCGUCAGGCCAUUGGCCCAUCUUGUCCAGCAUCCUAUUAUUAUUGUUGUUGUUGUUGUUGUUGUUGUUGUUUUAUUUAUACCCCGCCCAUCUGGCUGAGUUUCUCCAGCCCCUCUGGGCGGCUUCCAACCGAAUAUUAAAAACAAUACAGCAUCAAACAUUAAAAACUUCCCUAAACAGGGCUGCCUUCAGAUGUCUUUUAAAAAUAGGAUAGCUGCUUAUUUCCUUGACAUCUGAUGGGAGGGUGUUCUACAGGGCAGGCGCCACUACCAAGAAGGCCCUCUGCCUGGUUCCAUGUAACCUCACUUCUCGCAGUGAGGGAACCGCCAGAAGGCCCUUGGCUCUUGACCUUGGUGUCCAGCAGAACGAUGGGGGUGGAGAUGCUCCUUCAGGGAUACUGGGCCUUUGAGGCCAUUUAGGGUUUUAGAGGUCAGCACCAACACUUUGAAUUCUGCCUGGAAAUGUACUGGGAGCCGCAUUCUGGAUUAGUUGUAAUUUCCGGGUCACCUUCAAAGGUAGCCCCACGUAGAGCGCAUUGCAGUGGUCCAAGCCGGAGAUAUCCAGAGCAUGCACCACUCUGGCCAGACAGUCCUGUUCUCACAGUGGCUAACCAGCUGCCUCAAUGGGGAGCUUGCAAGCAGGACCUGAACACAAAAGCAGCCCUCCCCCCUCCUGCAGCCGCCUGAAACUGGGAUUCAAAGUAGAGCAAUGGUGUCUAGUAGCCAUCACUGCCUCCUGUGGCAGCCAUUUCCACUAUGCUCUGUUUUAACAAGUGCUUUGUUUUUCCCCAUCCUGAAUCUUCAAACAUCAGCAUUGUUAGAUGUCCACGAAUUCUGGUGUUAGCAGGAGCAAAGGAUGGCUCUGGGACCCUCCCUCUCCCCCCCCCAACCAAAAGCAAGAGCACCCUCUCUGUUGGCAUACAACCAAGGAAACGGGGGCAAUUGGCAGGCCCCCAGCUGGCUCCAGCCCACUGGCCAGUGUGCCAGGCGAUCUCCAGUCCUUGUUGCAGCAUCUGCAACCCACAGCUUCGAAAGCUGGGGCACGCAACUCAGCAGAGAUAACGCGCAAACAGAAGUGGCAGGAGAGGUUGUGUAAGCAUAUCUACCAGCCGUUUAUUCAGCAUACAUCAGGACAAAAGGAAAACAUGUCCGAUCCCCUUUGUGUCCAAAGCAAGACAGCUAAAAGCGAAAGCUAUACACAAACGGAAGUUCCCAGUCUCAUGCCUGUCCCUUAAGGUGGAACGGAAUAUUCUAACACUCUCCCCCUCCUGCUCCUCACUGAGUCCUUUUCCGAAGCAUUGUGCCAGAUUGCGGGAUGUGCGGUGGGGGCUUACUGAUGUUUUCUGAAGUUUUCAUUUCUCUUAUUUCCCCCCAGCCCCGGGAUGUCACAAACUUCACCAUUGGCGGCUUCCAGCCCAUGAGUCCUCGCAUCAACAGUCCCAUGCAUCCCAGCGCCGGAGGUACGUAUGCUGGUGCGCCCUGGGAACUGAGUUGCACCUCUUUCCCCCUUCUGCCCCCCCCCCAGCAAGGAGGUGCACUGCUGCAAAUGAACGGCAGCAGGAGAUUGGAAGGAACAAGGGAGCCACUGAAUAAGCUGCGAGUCUGUUAUUCUAGGCACUAAAACAAAUACCAAAUUCCUCCAAAACUGUGGACGCUGACACGCACCUGCUUCUUCGCUGCCAGUGCGAAAGGUUGAUUGACAUCUGUAGCCCUUUAAAAAAUGUGUUGUGCAAGGGGAAAUUAUUGGGUUGUCUUCCCUUUUGUUAGGUAUUUUCUGUUUUUUUAUACAGUGGUACCUUGGUUUACGAACUUAAUCCGUUCCGGAAGUCCUUUCUUAAACCAAGGUGUGCUUUCCCAUAGCAGUGGGGGACUCAGUUUACACUCAACAGGAAGCGGAACAUGUUCUGCUUCCAAGGCAAAGUUCACAAACCAAAACACCUACUUCCGGGUUUGCAGUGUUCUUAACCCAAGUUAUUUGUAAACUGAGCUGUUCUUAAACCAAGGUACCACUGUACAGUAUUGUAAUUUUUACGUUGUGCCCUGAGGUCUGUGGGUGUAGGGUGGUAUGCAAAUUUAAUUGAUAUAUAUAUAUAUAUAUAUUAAUAAUAAUAAAUAAAUUGUCCAGUAGCACCUUAGAGACCAACUAAGUUUGUACUUGGUAUAAACUUUCGUCUGCAUGCACACUUCUUCAGAUAUCUGAAGCUUAUACACGAAAGCUUAUACCAAGAACAAACUUUGUUGUUGUUUAGUCGUUUAGUCGUGUCCGACUCUUCGUGACCCCAUGGACCAGAGCACGCCAGGCACUCCUGUCUUCCACUGCCUCCCGCAGUUUGGUCAGACUCAUGCUGGUAGCUUCGAGAACACUGUCCCACCAUCUCGUCCUCCGUCGUCCCCUUCUCCUUGUGCCCUCCAUCCUUCCCAACAUCAGGGCCUUUUCCAGGGAGUCUUCUCUUCUCAUGAGGUGGCCAAAGUAUUGGAGCCUCAACUUCACGAUCUGUCCUUCCAGUGAGCACUCAGGGCUGAUUUCCUUAAGGAUGGAGAUUUUUGAUCUCCUUUCAGUCCAUGGGACUCUCAAGAGUCUCCUCCAGCACCAGAAUUCAAAAGCAUCAAUUCUUCAGCGAUCAGCCUUCUUGAUGGUCCAGCUCUCACUUCCAUACAUCACUCCUGGCCUCUAAGGUGCUAUUGGACAAUUUUUUUAUUUUUUAUUUUUUUAUAUAUUUUGACCGCAUCAGACCAACACGGCUACCUACCUUAAUUGACGGUGCUGAUGAGAUUGGUGGGGGAGGUUGUGCACGACUACAGCAGGGGAGGAAGAUGCACAUUUUGCAUCUUCCCAGGCUUGCAACCACUGACGUAUCCGACAAGCUGGGGUCUCUUUGGGAGCGUUUGUGUUUCUGUGCUACACCUCCGUGUUCUUCCUCCCACUCUGCAGGGCAGCGUGGCGGCUUUGGAGGAGGCGGGAUGAGCCGAGGCCGCGGGCGCAGAGAUAAUGACCUCAUUGGGCAGACCGUGCGGAUUUCCCAAGGCCCCUACAAAGGUAAGCUGUCCCCUCGCUCGGUGGCAGGAACACGGUCCAAGUUCUUGCUCUUGUUUCAGGAGAGCAACUGAUAGAGGCUUAAAGGAUAGCAGGCUGUGGGCUGUUGGUGGUAUUACUAUAAGAUUUCUUGCCCACCUUUCACUAUCGGGAGCAGGUUAAAAAUACAAUAUUAAAGUGAUUAAAACAGCAGUGUUUCCAGGUUGUCUCCUGUUAGUUCUGCAGCACAUUAAUUAGGACAGGACUUGGAAAACUGGUUUGGAAAGAACUCCCAGUACUCCUGAAAAGCCAUUUUCAGAGGGGGGCCACUAGGGGGCGCAUUGGAAGAUGGCUGACAAUAACAUCUCUCCGACCCACACGAGGUAAUUUGGAGGCUAUGAUGGGAGUAAUUAGCCUUCCUACCCCCCGCCCAGGAUGGUGGUGGGGACUGCCCUUGCCUGCUGUGCCCUAUACCACCCCCGAAUUUGUGGGGAUGGGGGCACUAGGCACAAAGCCCUCCUGUGGGAUUCCGGCGCUCCUGGACGCCGUCCCUGAUCCGCGCCACUAGCUGCAAGAACUUCAAAAGAAACAAUUUGGAUGAAGCGAAUGCACAUAUUUCAAGGAAGGAGGGGGAGUAAAGACUGCUAACAGAAGAGAUCUCUGAUAAAACAAGACAAGAAUAAAACAUGAGAAGAUACGCCAUGACAUGGUAUGGCAAAUGACUGAUGGGGGAGAGGGAAAAAAACUUUCCUUUCUUUCCUUAUGUGAUUAAACAAGAAUCCCCUCCCCUCACGAGUCAGAAAUGUCGUUUUAAGGACUUAAGCUGUGGAUUUAAGGCUGUGUGGAGAUAAACUUUCGAACCAAAGCAUGUUUUAAGAAGAGCGUGGAAUGUAUAAGAGCUUUGGAAUGACGCAGUUAAAAAUGCCGUCGCCAUAUUGGGAAGUUCUGUCGGAGGUCUUGAGUCUGGGAGGAGAAAGAGAGAAAUAGAGCUGUUUAUAUAUUGUGGGUGAAACUCCUCAGAGGGACUUAAGAGCGACAGUUUUGCGAGAUUAAUGAUGGAAAGAGCGAUGUUAUCUAUGAAGGCGAUGAUAUAUGGAAACCAUCUUGAUUUGAGGAUUGGAAGAACGGAAAAAUUCAUACAGGAUUAUUAUUGGUGUUUAUCGGCUUAAGGAGACUAUCAGAAGAGAUCAUAAAGAAAAAAGAGAAAAUACAUGAACAAGAUGUGAUGUGGAAACAGCAAGAUAAGACUGGAUAGAAUUAUGAACUCUGUUUGGACUGAUUUGGACAUUAACGCAGUAGCAAGAAGAUGAUCAGAAUCCCCCUUCGGAUCUUGAAAUAUGGGUCCCCCCAACAAAAUUUAAAAUUCGGCUUUGUAAUUCGGAAUUUAUGUGAUGUGAUUUAAUUUGAUUUGAUUGGCCGGUUAAUAAAAUAUAUAUAUAUAUUUUUUUAAAAAAGAAAAGCCAUUUUCAGCUGAGUUGAGCGUCAUUACCUUCCCUGGAGGUGGUAGCUGCAUGAGGUUAAAGGCCCCCCCUCGGUAUUCAGCUAUUAGACAGAUUCAUAGAGCAUAGGUUCAGGUUGCGCUUGCAGGUUUACCAUAAUGGGCGUCUGGUUGGCCGCUGAGAACAGGAUGCUGGGGUAGAUGGGCCUUUGGUCUGAUCCAGCAGUGCUCUUCUUAUGUUCUUAACUCGCCCCUGCCAGGAUUAUCACCCCCUGAAGCCCUGGGAUUGUAAGUGAUCCGCAGUUAAAUGAAAAUGGGUUUGCAGUGGUAGACCUCCACAGAUGAGGGAUUCAGUUUCCCAGGCAUGUGGUGGAGGAAGCUGGCUUAGUUUGGCAGUGCCCCCUAUGUUGGCAUUCAGCCAAGGAAACGGGGGCAAUUGGCAGGCCCCCAGCUGGCUCCAGCCCACCGGCCGGUGUGCCAGGCGAACUCCAGUCCUUGGUGCAGCAUGAAUCUGCGACCCGAGCUUCAGAAGCCCGGGCAGGCUACUCAGCAGAGUAAACACUGCGCAAACAGAAGUGGCAGGAGAGGCUGUGUGAGCAUAUUUACCAGCAGUUUAUUCAGCGUACAUCAGGACAAAAGGAAACAUGUCUUGUCUCCUUCGUGUCAAAAGCAAGAGCUAUACGCAAACGGAAGUUCCCAGCAAGCUGUGCUGGAGUGUAAACAGGCCUGUGACACACAACGGUCAUGCCUGUUCCUUAAGGUGGAACGGAAUAUCCCAAUACCCUACGUGUCCCAGGUUAACAAGCUUGGUUCCGAUCUCUCACAGGCUACAUUGGCAUGGUCAAGGAUGCCACGGAAUCCACCGCCCGCGUGGAGCUACAUUCCACCUGCCAGACCAUCUCUGUGGACCGACAGCGUCUCACGACCUUGUAAGAGCCGGCAGGGCAGGGUGUUUGGGUUCAGGAUUGAAUAAGGGAUACAGAGGGGCAGCGUGGGAAGACACUUUAGACACCUAACUCCUGCAAGCCCUGGUGGGGCAGAGGGGGAGGGACCUAUGGGGUCUGCCAGAAGUUGCUGGGCUCAAAGGCCAGUGGUCAGGGAUGGGGGAAGUUGUAGUCCAGUGGCAGCUGCCUGCCCACAAGUUCCCUCCCCCUGUUGUACACGCACUGGUAAUAUACACUAGAUUGGGGUCCCCUACUACCUGGGAUUCCCAGAGGCACAGAAGAGCCAACACAUUGUGCUCCCUGCAUUCAGGGACUGUGGAUACGCUGAAAAAGAGAGCAGGGGUUUUAUGUUACCCCAAUGGAAAGAUGAUUCCACCAAACUGGUUGACUUCCUUGAACCUCUCACGGACCUUCCCAUCAGAGCUGCUAAUAAUAAUAAUAAUAAUAAUAAUAAUAAUAAUAAUAAUAUAUUAUUUAUACCCCAGCCACUCUGGGCAGCUUCCAACAAAAUAUUAAAAUACAGUAAUGCAUCAAACAUUAAAAGCUUCCCGAAACAGGGCUGCCUUCAGACUGGCCCAGCUUUUGUGCAAAUCAUCUUAAAGCACCAGGGAAUUUGGACUAGGUUUGGGAGCCUGCGACCUUCCAUGCAUUGCUUGACUACAACUCCCAGCAUCCCUGGCCGUUCAUUGGCUGCAGGGGUGGGGUGGUGUCUAGAUGACGGGCUCCCAUUGGCCCCAGCCCACAUGGAGAAUGAAUGGAUAGCUCCUCCUUAUGCCUGGGGAAUGCGGGGUCUGUUCUUUUCUAGAAAGUGAAGGGUGUGUGUGUCCAGAUUCUGUUAUUAUCUAACGAGCAUUUCCCUUUCCCCUCUGGCAGCGGUUCAAAGAAACCAGGUGGCAUGACCUCCACUUAUGCACGGACACCCAUGUACGGUUCUCAGACCCCCAUGUACGGGUCAGGGUCCCGCACACCAAUGUAUGGGUCACAGACUCCGUCACAUGAUGGUGAGUAGAGGAUGGGGGGGGCCCACUUGGGGGCAGAGGUGGGGAGGACAGUCAGGUCUUACCUGUUGGGUGUGGUUUCCUGUUAGUUAGCGAACCACAGCUCAAUAAAGUUACUGAGAGCCAGUGUGGUGUAGUGGUUAAGAGCGGUAGUCUCAUAAUCUGGUGAACCGGCUUGGAUUCCCCGCUCCUCCACAUGCAGCUGCUGGGUGACCUUGGGCCAGUCACACUUCUCUGAAGUCUCUCUGCCCCACUCACCUCACAAAGUGUUUGUUGUGGAGGAGGAAGGGAAAGGAGAUUGUGAGCCGCUUUGAGACUCCUUCGGGUAGUGAUAAAGCGGGAUAUCAAAUCCAAACUCUUCUUCUUGCUAAUUUUAAGGAGCGGAAUAAAUUAAGCAAGAGAAAGGAGAUUUCCAGGAUAGCACUGGUAUACAUGUAAAAGAUGCUGCCUUUUUCACCCUCUGGUCUUGGGUGUUAAUAUCAUGACAUGCGUCCAUCUUUCAGGAAACCGGACUCCUCACUACGGCUCUCAAACCCCCUUGCACGACGGCAGCCGGACCCCCGCGCAGAGUGGGGCUUGGGACCCCAACAACCCCAACACUCCCUCCAGGUUGGUGUUCCUCAUCGGAGGAGGAGGGCGGGUUUCAGGGCAAGGGGGUGGAUGGAGAGGCGAGAAUCCGUUUGGGCCCAGCUGACCGCUUUUGCGUCCUCCCCCCCCCUUCCUUUUCUGUAGGGCGGAUGAAGAGUUCGACUAUGGUUUUGACGACGAGCCCACCCCUUCUCCACAAGGCUACGGCGGAACCCCCAACCCACAGACUCCUGGCUAUCCCGACCCUUCUUCCCCGCAGGUUAACCCACCAUAUAACCCUCAGACGCCUGGGACCCCAGCUAUGUAAGUGCGCUGGAGUUGGAAGGGAGGGUUUGUUGCUUCUUCCAGGAUUUGUAUUUCCUCCUCCCUUCUCCCCCUGGACUUCAUAGAGCUCUCUUGAUCUCUGCGAAUGGAGAAAGCAAAACAAAAAGGAUUUUAUUUGCCUAAGAUAUGGGUGAAUUUCUUAGUGUUUUGCAGUCCUCUUCUGUGUAGUAAACUGAUGUUCUCCCAAACAAUUCAGGAUGAUGAUGAUGAUGAUGAUGAUGAUGAUGAUAAUAAUAAUAAUAAUAAUAAUAAUAAUAAUAAAAAUAAUAAUAUUUUAUUUAUACCCCACCGGGUAUAAGGGCAGCUAACAAAAGCUGCAUAAACAAAGGGCAGCUAACAAAAGCUGCAUAAAAUACAGUAUAAAAACAUGAAUAACAAUAUUCAAAAAUCAAUUUAGGGGAAAUAAGCAUUAGAUAAUCCCCAGGGCUAGCUGGCUGAAUUGGUCCUACUUGGGCCAGCGAGGAGGCCAGGGGAGAAUUAGCAGUGUGGUCUCAGAGCGGGUGAUCUUCAUAAAAGGGGAGGGAAGAAAAGGGAAAUAAAAGAUCAGGCUGAAUUCAAAUUAAAGGCCAGGUGGAAUAGCUCUGUCUUACAGGCCCGACGGAAGGAGGUUAAAUCCUGCAGGGCCCUGGUCUCAUGGGACAGAGCAUUCCACCAGGUCAGAUGGUGGAGGAUAAUCUCACUUCCUUAGGGCCUGGGACCUCUAAACGUUGGUUGUUCAUGGACCUUAAGGUCCUCUGUGGGGCAGACCAGGAGAGGCGGUCCCAUAGAUAACGAGGGCCCUAAGCCACGAAAGGGCUUUAAAGGUCAAGACCAGGAUGCCAUUUAUCUGAGUGUAAUACCCCAGGGCAGUGAAGACUUGACUGUGUUUCCCUCCCUCCCUUCCUCCCUGUUCCUGACCAAAGCCCUCUCUCUCUUGGCAGGUAUAACACAGACCAGUUUUCUCCCUACGCCGUUCCAUCCCCGCAGGGCUCCUACCAGCCAAGUCCAAGCCCGCAGAGUUUCCAUCAAGUGGCACCUAGCCCAGUCGGCUACCAAAACACCCACUCUCCGGCCAGCUACCACCCAACACCAUCUCCCAUGGCUUACCAGGUACUGUUGAGAUUGGGUAGGGUUUGGGUCUCCUUAAUACACGCAACCAAAAGCAUGGCUUUGAGGCUGCUGCCCUGGAAAGCAGCUAAAGGCUUGCGGACUGAUUCUCCCUCUCCCACAAAGAACGUGUACGCUUGUAUCAUAGAAGAUUUGGGCCUGCAAACUUUUAAAUCAAUUGCAAAAAUGCAAAGAGCUUAAGAUCUUGCCAUGUGCACAGUUACAUGCACUAUAGCUCGUGCAACAUAUAAAUCAACCUGUGCCUCUGUGUCUAAACACAGAAGCAGACAGUCAGUAUUACUGUUUGUUACAUUUUACAUUUGUAUACCACCCUAUAUCACUUAGAGUAUGCAGGUCUUUUUAAAGUAGCCCUAAAGAAGGUGAGGGACACGGGUGGCACUGUGGGUUAAACCACAGAGUCUAGGACUUGCCGAUCAGAAGGUCAGCGGUUCGAAUCCCCGCGACGGGGUGAGCUCCCAUUGCUCGGACCCUGCUCCUGCCAACCUAGCAGUUCGAAAGCAUGUCAAAGUGCAAGUAGAUGAAUAGGUACCGCUCCGGCGGGAAGGUAAACGGCGUUUCUGUGCGCUGCUCUGGUUCACGAGAAGCGGCUUAGUCAUACUGGCCACACGACCCGGAAGCUGUCUGUGGACAAACGCCGGCUCCCUUGGCCUAUAGAGUAAGAUGAGCGCCGCAACCCCAGAGUCGUCAGCGACUGGACUUAAUGGUCAGGGGUACCCUUACCCUUUCUGCUAAUUAGACAUCUAUAGGAUUACGCUGCUGUAACAUGUUCCUUGGCUCCCAAUAAUAUAUGGGAAUUGGGGUAGUUGCAUCCCCUUCUUUAAGGUAAAGGUAAAGGGAUCCCUGACCAUUAGGUCCAGUUGUGACCGACUCUGGGGUUGCGGCGCUCAUCUCGCUUUACUGGCCGUGAAAGCCGGCUUUUGUCCACAGACAGUUUUUUCCGGGUCAUGUGGCCAGCAUGACUGAGCCGCUUCUGGUGAAACCAGAGAAGCGCAUGUAAACGCUGUUCAUCCUGCCAGGUUGGCAGGAGCAGGGACCGAGCAACGGGAGCUCACCCCGUCGCGGGGAUUCAAACCGCCAACCUUCUGAUCUGCAAGACCUAGGCUCUGUGGUUUAGACCACAGUGCCACCCGCGUCCCACAUAAUUAGCAGUGCAUUCUGUUAAAUCCACAGAGAUGCGUUUCGCUUUGACGUCAACCGAACCCUGAUAACUCGUUGACUUUCUGUCUGUCUCUCCAGGCUAGUCCCAGCCCUAGCCCAGUGGGCUACAGCCCUAUGACCCCAGGGGUUCCCUCUCCAGGAGCUUACAACCCCCACACACCAGGUUCCGGGAUCGAGCAGAGCUCCAGCGACUGGGUCACCACCGACAUCCAGGUCAAAGUACGUGACACCUACUUGGACAGCCAGGUCGUGGGGCAGACCGGAGUCAUCCGCAGCGUGACCGUAAGUGGAUGGAUGGAUAUAGCUGUUUGCAUGGGUUGGUCAGGAGACGGAGGGGAACAGGGGUGGGGGGGAGAUUAAAAGAGUUGGGCAGGGUUCAGUAGCAUAGCUUCCCAUUGGUCAAACCCAAUAGGAGCAGAGCAGGGCAUUUUUGUCCUGCAAAGUGUCUGGCUAAGGCCUGGACUCAAGAAAAAGGAGCCAUUCUGCCCUGGUCUGGACUUGUUCACCAGUGGCCCAUGUGUCUAAUGAAACGCCUUGACAGCUGUUUUGGGUGAGGCGUGAGAAACAGCCAGGGAUUUGUUUAGGUGCUCAUCAUACUCCAGAGGAAUCUCUGUGUAGUUCUCUCGCCCCUACUCCUUCCCCUGCCCCAGUUCUGAGCGCCCCUUACUCUCAAAUAAAGGGCAUUAUAAGGAAUGAAGGAUCCCACUGGAGCCCUACCCAUUAAAAACAAAAACCGUUAAUGUCUGCAGUCUUUGAGGCCAUUUAGGGUUUUAAAGGUCAGCACCAACACUUUGAAUUGUGCUCGGAAACGUACUGGGAGCCAAUGCAGAUCUUUCAGGAUCUUUCAGGACUCUCAGCGGCCGCUCCCAGUCACCAGUUUAGCUGCCGCAUUCUGGAUUAAUUACUUGCUUGCCUUGACAUCUGCAACCGGUCACCUUGAUUCCCUCCCCUCUUGUCUCUGUCCCUCCUUCCUCCUCUGCCCUGACAGGGUGGGAUGUGCUCAGUCUACCUUAAGGACAGCGAGAAGGUAGUCAGCAUUUCGAGCGAGCACCUGGAGCCUGUGAUACCAACCAAGAACAAUAAGGUACGUGUAAGAUGUUUCUCCUGUCUCAAGUCCUUCUGCUGUGAUGAUCUCUUUUUUUAAAAAAAAAAGUGCAAAAAUAUUGUAUGGCAGCCUUCCCCCAACCAAGAUGUUUUGGGGUACCACUCCCAUUAGAGUUUAUAGUCCGAAACAGUGGAGGGCAGGGGGAAGCAGGUUGCCACAUUGCACUAAGUUACUGUGCUCUCCUGUCCUGAAGAGGGUUGACACAGGAGCUCUCUUGCUCAACCCCAACUUUCAUUCUCGGUGGUGGUUGUGAUGGUCUCCCCUCCUGAUUGGCAGGGGUCGGUUCCAGAUCACAGAAGGAAAGUCAAUACUAGGAGAGGGUUAAGAAACUGGCAGCAGUGACGGUGGCCAGGGAAGCCCUUUUGUAUGAGGCUUUUGAACCCAAUUUGGUGGAGACCGUAAACAACUGCUGCUCAUUCCGUUUUAAUCACGGUGGUUUUCGGUUAAUAAUAAUACCUUUAUUGUCAGUGUACAACCUGUGUACCAUGAAAUUAACCGAGCCUCCCUCCCCACACACAAACACUCAAUCUCAUUGCACUCUGUGUGCUUGUCGCACAACACACCAACCCUGAAAGUCAGUUGCACUAUAUUCUGUUCAGCAGCCUAACAGCCCACGGAUAGAAACUGUUUUUUAGCCUGUUGGUACGGCUGAUUCUACUUCUAUAUCUCCUGCCCGAGGCUAGAAGAUUAAAUUGGUGCUGGCUGGGGUGUGAAUCGUCCCUGAGAAUUUUUCUCGCUCUCCUAAGGCAUCGAUCCCUUGCAAUGUCAUCUAAUGGGCUCAGAGGACAGCCCAUGAUAUCAUGUGCUCUGUUCAGCACCCUCUGUAAAGACUUUCUGUCCGUGGCUGUCAAGCCAACGUACCACACAGUUGUUGCAUCUGUUAAUUGUCCCUACUAUUGGUCCUAUCUGUGCACACUUGGGCCAGUGUGGGGGUUUUUUGGGGGGGUGAGGUGUGGGGUGGGGUUGCUCCUGCUUUUGGAUCAGUGACCCUGAGCUUCUCCCGAUCCUGCAGGUCAAGGUCAUCCUGGGAGAGGACCGAGAGGCCACCGGCGUCCUGUUGAGCAUUGACGGGGAGGAUGGCAUCGUCCGCAUGGACUUGGAAGAACAGCUCAAAAUCCUCAACCUGCGCUUCCUUGGCAAGCUGCUGGAGGCCUAGAGAGAGAGGGGAAGAACCAUUUUUGUGUGGGUGGCUGCUUUAUUUCGUUCUUUUUUUAAGCAUAUCACCUGAAGACUGGUACAGCAUGUCCUUGUACAGUUUUGCUCCAAAGAAAGUUUUAUUUUCCGUGUUUUGUUUUGUUUUCUGUUGCUGCUUCUUUCCCCAGCUCAGCAGGUGAUUUCCUUUUUUCUGGGGGGUUUGGGGGACAGUCUUGCAUAUAUGCAUAAAAUGACUUCAGCAGAAGCCUGUGGGUGGAGCACAGCCGUAUUCCCUUCUCUCUCUCUCUCUCUCUCUCGUAGCACCUUAGGCCCUCUGCUGCCAUCCAGUGUGUAGCUUGUUAUAAUAAAAUAGUCUCAUCCACCACGUA